AUGGCUCGAUCACUGAAGGAACAGGCUCAAUUGCUCUCUGAGUGGCUUCAGAAAUGCAACCAACUCCACGGCAACAAGUGCCACGUCUCGACACCAAUUGCAGAGAGGUCUCCACAACACAUUCCCGACUGGGUCAUUGACACUGAGCAAAGCUGCAUCGUGCCGGGCAAGGCGGUCAACAAAUAUGCAGCCCUCAGCUAUGUCUGGAGCUCUCCUGUGGAUUCCAGCAAUCUAACGGCCACGCAUAGGUUGUUGCUUCGGCGGGAGACCCUCAAGGAUCUUAAAAAACCAGGGUUUCUAUCAUCAUAUUCCGUGUCGAAACAGCUUCCCAUGGUCGUCCGGGAUUCCAUGACUCUCGUACUCCAGUCUGGGACGCGAUACCUCUGGGUCGACUGUCUUUGUGUCAUACAGCACGACGAAUCUACAACCGACAAGAUGGCCUUCCUACCUGAAAUAUACUCCGGAGCCUUUUUCACCAUCAUAGCAGCCUCAGAAGCCAAUGGAUUGCGUGGCUCUAUCGUAGAUGUGCAGAGCCCCGCGCAGAGAAUCAGCUUGAACACUCUCCACGACGAGCUGCUUGCAUCACACUGGGCUUCCAGGGGAUGGACUUUCCAGGAACACAUUCUCUCCAAGAGAUCGAUCAUAUUCCUUGACGAAAAACUGUUUUGGGACUGUUCUGUUGCGUGGGACUCGCGUCAGAUGAGUUUAGAGGUUAGAGCCCCGCGCAAAGGUCAAGCACCCACGCCAAUCCUGAACAAGAUUCACAAGUACCGAGAACUGUCACGGCAGCUCGCGUCCCUUUCCUCUCCUGACUUAAAUCUCUACAUAGAGAUGGUAUGCCGAUAUAACCAUCGCGAUCUCACAUACGAACAAGACGCCCUUCCGGCCUUUUCCGGCGUGCUCGAUGCUCUCACUCGGGGUUUCCACGAUGGUUUCAUCAGCGGACUGCCAUCGCUCUUCCUCGACUCCGCCCUUCUUUGGCAGCCUCUCUCGAGGGCGAAAAGAAGAGUGGCGACUCCUUUCGUUCAAAAUCUGGCACCACCAUCGCCUCUACCGUCAUGGUCUUGGGUUGGAUGGCAGUGCGUGCUUGAUCCGGCGAGCCUGAAAGGCUGCCUGAACUACGAGGCUCACGUUUCUUCCGAUGAUGACUCGUCUAGCGAACCAAUAUCUCGGAGAACCAUCAACCUUGUCCAGUGGCAAACCAUGGAUAAUCCUUUUCGGGGAGGAAGACCAGUAGUGUGGUUUCGCCAGGCUUCACGAGACGGAAUCUACUACCGCUACCCAUCACCUAUGGCCGAUAUCUUGUCGGUCAAGGCCCGUUCAGAGAGCAUUCCUUUCCUCUCAUGCACUACGACAACGGCCGAACUUCGCAUACGUCGAGUCCUCUGGCCCUGUGCCAGAAUCAAGCCACGUCAGUAUGAAUCGGCCACUUCCGUUUCAGUCUUUGAUACAUUUCUCUACAAGAAUGAUCCGGAAGUGGACACCUGUUGCCCCGUGAUCACCCUCGAAGACGGCAAGGGCAGAUGGGCCGGCGUGAUGAGAGUGAUGGACGACAUUCCAGAGCUCGCUGCCACGCAAUUCAUCGACAUCGUAGCGAUUUCCCGUGGCGAUUGUAGCUACUUCGACGCUGCCUCAACGUAUGAGGCAACGAUUGAUAGAAUGGGGUGCUACAGAUUUAAAAGUUCGAAUGGCGACCAUUUCUAUUUCGAUUCCUCUACUAGCACUCAAGCUGACAAAACUCCUGAGACAUCGUCGUGGCCUCUGCCAUGCUCUCCUGUAGUCACCGAGAACAGACAAUCUGGGCGAGACCAGGGACCCCUAUUUCCCAUCGACGGUUGCGGGACGCAUUCGGGCUACGGAAAAGAGCUACCAGAGAAUUGGCGUUACAAGUUCUAUGACUUCUACAAUGUGCUCUGGGUCCAAACUAUAAACGGUAUCAUGUAUAGGAAGGCAGCGGGGCGUGUGUCAAAGGACAUUUGGGAGACAAGUUGCGGGCCACCCCGGAAAAUUGUGCUAGGUUAG